AUGGCCAAUCAUAAUGGCCGUCGUGGCAUCCGAAUCGCAAUAGGCAAGCAAACCAUGAACAUAUGCCUGUCUGUAGGCAGUCUCCUCUCCGUCGAUCCGCAGAACUACCGCGAUGCGCCCACUGAGGCCAUUCGACGAGUAUUGCAGAUAGUCGAAGGGCGAGAGAUUCCAGUAGGAGAGAAGCUGGAUGCUUCUGCCAUUGAGUCGUGUCGGAUUGGCACGACGGUGGCCACGAAUGCGCUGCUCGAGCACAAGGGCAAGCCGUUUGCGCUGCUGACUACCAAGGGUAUGGAUGCACUGUCUUCUGUCUGUGUAGAUGGGUGUGCUCAUCAUGUGACAGGCCUCCAAGACCUGUGCGAGAUCGGCGACCAGUCCCGCCCUCACCUCUUCGACCUCAACAUCCGCAAGCCCAAGGUGCUCUUCGACAGCGUCGUCGAGGUCGAAGAGCGCGUGACCAUCGAGAACUACGAGCUGGAUCCUUAUCCGCCUGCUGAGUUUGAUGCAAAUGACCCCGCCCUCGUCAAGACGGACAGCGGAGAGGUCGUCCGCAUCCUCCAGCCGCUGGAUGUCGAAUCCACUCGGGCGUCUCUCCAACGGCUGCGCCAGGAGGGAUUUACCUCCGUCGCCAUUUGCUUUAUGCACUCGCAUAUUUUCCCGGACCACGAGCGACUAGCUGGACAGCUCGCGAAAGAGGAAGGCUUCGAGACCAUCUCCCUCUCGUCAGAGAUUAGUCCUCGCAUCAAAAUCCUCCACAGAGCGACCGCCGUCUGCACGGACGCGUAUCUCUCGCCCAUCGUCCGCGAUUAUGUGGACAACUUCCUCGACGGCUUUGCCGUGCCUCCGCAGCGAGUCGACUUCAUCUCCUCCGACGGCGGGCUGAGAAAGGCGCAGAAGUACAGCGGAAACGCUGCACUGCUGAGCGGACCCGCUGGCGGUGUAGUUGGCGUCGCCCGUUCGUGUUAUGAUCCUAAGGACCCGAAGGCUCUGAUCGGCUUCGACAUGGGCGGGACGAGCACCGAUGUCUCCCGGUACGACGGCAAGUUCGAUCAUAUCAUCGAAUCGACCAUUGCUGGUCGCAAGAUCUCUACGCCCAUGCUGAACGUCAACACGGUUGCAGCGGGUGGCGGUUCCAUGUUGUUUGUGCGGAAUGGACUGCUAGUAGUUGGUCCGGAGAGUGCGGGUGCACACCCUGGUCCAGCAUGCUACAGAAAAGGCGGCCCUCUGACCAUCACCGAUGCCAACCUCUUCCUCGGCCGGCUGGUGGUGUCGUCGUUCCCAUCGAUCUUCGGAGAAAAGGCCAACGAGCCGCUAGACACAGAAAUCGUCGCGAAGAAAUUUGCAGAGUUCACUGCUCAGAUCAACGCGGAGUCAGAGGUCCAAUUCACUCCGGAGCAGGUCGCACACGGGUUUAUCAAAGUCGCCAACGAGAGCAUGUGCCGGCCCAUCCGGAAUGCAACAGAGGCGCGCGGUCGUGAAGCCAUGGUUGCUGACAGAAUGACUGCAGAACACGCAUGCGCCAUUGCGUCCAAUCUCGGCAUCCGCAGGAUCCUGAUUCACAGAUACUCAUCUCUCCUAUCCGCGUACGGAAUCAGUCUGGCAGAAAUCACCUCCGAAGUCACCGAACCCUCGUCUCUGACACUGUCUCCUGACGCAAUGCUGCAAAUCCGCGAACGGGAGAAAUACCUCAAGUCGAAGCUGGAGAACGACCUGCGCAGCCAGGACGUCGUCCAAGACGAGAUCGAGUUCCAGACCUUCCUGAACCUGCAGUACAAAGGCAUGGACACGAGUCUCAGCGUGGAGGAGCCAGCGGACGGAGACUACAGCGCCGCGUUCACAGAGCAGCAUCUGCGAGAGUUUGCGUUCAAGACGAACAGAGACAUCGUUGUGGACAGCAUCCGGGUUCGUGGUACCGCGAAGAGGAAGGUCGACGAGGAAGGUCUGUCGAUAACAGAAGAGCUCGACAGGGCGAGACAACAGAAGAUAAUCCCCGAACCCAAAUCAUCGCAGAAGGUGUUCUUGGAUGAUGCGUGGGAGACAGUGCCAAUUUACGGCCUCGAGUCGAUGAAGACGGGGUCUUAUAUAAAGGGUCCUGCCAUCAUCACGGAUGAAACGCAGACGAUCCUUGUCGAAAAAGGCUACGAAUGCUUCCUGACGUCUCGCCACAUCGUUAUCGAUCGAUACGCCACCGAGGAUCGACAGCCCGAGAUCAGCGCCGAGAAGGUGAACCCCGUCCAGCUAUCCUGCUUCGCCAACCGCUUCAUGUCCAUUGCUGAGCAGAUGGGCAACACGCUCCAGCGCACCUCCAUCAGCACCAGCAUCAAGGAGCGGCUGGACUUUUCCUGCGCCAUCUUCUCGCCGGACGGCGGCCUUGUCGCCAACGCGCCGCAUAUCCCCAUCCAUCUUGGCAGCAUGCAGUAUGCCAUCCAGUAUCAGCACCGUCUGUGGGGCGAUAAGCUCAAGCCCGGCGACGUGCUCCUCACGAACCACCCCGAAGCGGGCGGGACCCAUCUGCCAGAUCUGACAGUCGUCACCCCGGCCUUCUACGGCGACGAACUGAUCUUCUACGUGGCCUCCCGGGGCCACCACACAGACAUCGGCGGGAUCGGAAUCACCAGCAUGGUGCCGGACUCUAAGGAACUGUGGCAAGAGGGGAUGGCGGUCAAGUCGAUGAAAAUCGUCAGCGGCGGGGUGUUCCUGGAAGACGAGGUCCGGGACCUCUUCAACCGUGUGGCUGAAUACCCCGGGUGCAGCGCGACGCGGCGUCUCAACGACAACAUCUCCGAUAUAAAGGCCAAGAUCUCCGCCAACCAGCGCGGCAUCACGCUGAUCAACCAGCUCUGCAAGGAGUUCACCCUGCCGGUAGUCCACCUGUACAUGCGCGGGAUCCAGGACAACGCGGAGCUGGCGAUCCGAGACCUCUUCCGGAAAAUGUACAAGAAGACCGGGGGCAAGCCGCUGCGGGCAGUGGACUGGUUCGACGACGGCACGCCGGUGCAGGUGGAGAUCACGAUCGACGGGGAAGCGGGCACGGCGGUGUUCGACUUUGCGGGCACGGGCGCGCAGACGUACGGCAACAUGAACAUGCCGGUAUCGAUCACGCACUCGGCGAUCAUCUACGUGCUGCGGUGUCUGGUCGACAUGGACAUCCCGCUCAACCAGGGGUGUCUGAACCCGUGCACGAUCCGGAUCCCAGAGGGGUCGAUCCUUAACCCGUCGCCGACGGUGGCCAUCUGCGGAUCAACGAUCUCGAGCCAGCGGGUGACAGACGUGAUCCUGAAGGCGUUUGGGGCGGCAGCGGCGAGCCAGGGCUGCGCCAACAGUCUGGGCUGGGGCAUGGGCGGAAAGGACCCGCGGACAGGCGAGGUGAAGCCGGGGUGGAACUACGGCGAGACGGUGGGCGGCGGCAGCGGAGCGGGGCCGACCUGGCAUGGAGCGCACGGGGUCAACGUGCACUCGACCAACACGCGGGCGACGGACCCGGAGGUGAUCGAGAAGCGGACGCCGGUGAUCGUACGCUGCGACAGGAUCAACCGGGGGACCGGUGGACGGGGGCUGUACAACGGAGGCGACGGGGUGACGCGGGAGAUCGAGGCGCGGAUCCCGCUGAAGUUCAGCGUGUUGUCAGAGCGACGGGUCUACAGUCCGUACGGGCUGGAGGGGGGUGAGCCGGGGAGCGUGGGGCGCAAUUUUGUGUUCAAGAAGAAUGCGGAGGGAGUGCUGGAGAAGAUCAACAUCGGCGCCAAGGCAGUGAUUGAGCUGAAUGCGGGAGAUUAUAUCCAAGUCAAUUCGCCGGGCGGCGGAGGAUGGGGCAAGCCUCCAGAAGCGGAGUCCAACGGCCAUGUGAACGAUACCCGACCGACCCCAUGGGUCAAGGCUUGA